AUGGCGGCCGUGCUGCGGGGCCGCGGGCCCGCGGCGCUGCGGGCGCGGCCGCACGGCUGCAGGCCCCGGCACGGCCCCGCGGGCAGGGCGCGGCGGCUGCUGCUCUCGCGCCUCUUCCAGCCCCGAAACCUGCAGGCGGGCGGCGAGGCUGGCGGGGAGGGCCGGGCCGGCGAGCCUACCUGCCGCAGCCAGCGGCUGAUGCUGCAGGCGGGGCUCAUCCACCCCGCCAGCCCCGGCUGCUACCACUACACGCCGGCCGCCGUCCGCGCCAUGGAGAAGCUCGUCAGGGUGAUGGACGAGGAGAUGCAGGCGGUGGGGGGGCAGAAGCUGAGCAUGCCCAGCCUGAGCUCGGCCGAGCUGUGGCGCGCCAGCGGCCGCUGGGACCGGAUGGGCCCGGAGCUGUUCCGGCUGGAGGACCGGCACGGCAAGGGCUACUGCCUGGGCCCCACGCACGAGGAGGCGGUCACGGAGCUGGUGGCCGCGCAGACCAACCUCUCCUACAAGCAGCUCCCGCUGCGUCUCUACCAGGUAACCAGGAAGUUCCGCGACGAGCCCAAACCCCGCUUCGGCUUGCUGCGCAGCCGGGAGUUCUACAUGAAGGACAUGUACACCUUCGACGCCUCGGAAGAGGCCGCCCGGCACACCUACGAGCUGGUGUGCGGGGCCUACCGCCGCCUCCUGGCCCGCCUGCGCCUGCCCUUCCUCCAAGUGCAGGCAGCCACGGGCAGCAUCGGCGGCACCACGUCCCACGAGUUCCAGCUCCCGGCGGACGUUGGCGAGGACAAGCUGCUCUUCUGCCCUGACGGACAUUUUGCGGCCAACGUGGAAACGUUAAGCGAGGGGCGAACGUCCUGCCCCACAUGCGGGGAAAAACUCAGCCAGAGCAGAGGGAUCGAAGUGGGGCACACAUUUUACCUGGGUACCAAGUACUCUUCUGUCGCCAACGCCGUCUUCUGCUCCCCGGAGAACAAAGCCCAGCUGGCAGAGAUGGGUUGCUACGGCCUGGGUGUCAGUCGCAUCCUGGCUGCCUCCAUCGAGGUGCUCUCCACGGAGGACAGCAUCCGUUGGCCGAGCCUCAUCGCACCCUACCAGCUCUGCUUCAUCCCCCCGAAGCGAGGCAGCAGGGAGGAGGAGGAGGGGGCUGCGCUGCUGGAGCGGGUGUACGAUGACAUGGCCGAGGCACUGCCACGGCUCGCCAGUGACCUGGUGCUGGAUGACAGGACGCAGCUGACCAUCGGCAAGAGGCUCAAGGACGCCAGCAAGCUGGGUUAUCCCUAUGUGGUCAUAGCUGGGAAGAGGGUCUGCGAGGACCCCCCGGUCUUUGAGGUCUGGAACCAGAACACCAGUGAGGUGUUGUUCCUCACCAAGGAAGGUGUCAUUGACUUGCUGAGUAAAGUGGAAGUCCCUUAAAAUCCCCAUCUCUGAAUCCUGAGUUUUUCCCAACAGCCCUGUUGGCUCCUUUUCAGGAGGGUGCUCACGUCAGAGUUCGCUGCAGUGUCUUGCAGCUGCACCAGGUGCUGAGGUUGAGUUGGGGUCAGCCACCUUCCCAUGUGGGGCUGGGAGUGUUUCUCCCUUUGGCAACAGGCCCUCGUGAGAUGCUUUUACUGGCAUGUGUAGCCUCAUGCAGCUUUGAGAGCACUGGGGUCAGCCCCUCACUGCCAAGCUGUGGCAGACAGUCUCUGCCAAGGGCACGCAGCAGCUAAGGCUGCAGGGAGGCUUUCCCUCACUCUAUUGAGGUGCUGAGUGCUCAGGUUGAGGGACUUUAAGGAGAGGAAAGAAGGCACCUUUUCUCAGUUUGCACCUUCUCUUUGGAGACACUCAAGUUCUGUGAAGGUUAACCUUAAAGCAAAAUGGUGAACUCUACAGCCUGGUCUGCUGUGCAAAUGCCAUAGGGCUGCAAAUCUGCAGGAAUUAAGGUGAAGAAUGGUGCUGGGUGUCUGCAUCCCAGUCCUUCAUGUCAGUCCAGCUGGUGAGGCACAGUGUGGUUUUGGCAAUGCAGCCUCACGGUGGUAGAAAAAUGUUGAAACAAACAAAGGUGGAAAUGUUAAGUCUGAGGACCUGAAAAAGCCGGGAGUGAAAAUGUCCAGGCCAUGUUGUUGCCUGUGGGCUGGAGUAAUCCUGUCCUGCAGGGUGGUGACACUGUCCCUGGGCAGCCUGUGCCAGGGCUGCCUCACCUCAACACCAAAGUUUUUCCUUGUGCUUUAGUAAAACUUUUUGUGUUCUG